CUCUACCUACCGCUUCCUCCUCUUCUUCAUCGACAGCCUUCAUUCUCCUCCCCGCUUCAGAAUCAUCCUCGCCGGCGCCGCCGGAGAAGGAGCCGAACCCUUUAGGCCCGUGCGGGAUCCCUCUUCUCCUGGCUCCAUUUACCCAAUUGGAACGAACACGAGCGAGGUAGGAAAAACAAUGGGCAUCCAAGAUAUCCGCGAUGGUGUGUCAUCUCUGUUCAUCAUGCUAAACAAGGAGACAUUCGUGCUGUUUCGGAUCGAGUUUCUUGUGGUCCUGGUCACACUCUUGUUCCUCUCGAUGUUCAUCAUGGACGUCUUUCGUCGCCACAUCCGCAACAGAGUCAUGAAAACUAUCUUUAGCAUCUUGGAUGGUGUCUCUGACUCUAUUAUCUUAUACCUGCUGGGGGCCAUGCAAACAGCCAAGUUCAAGAAUCAGCUGUUCCCAGUCUGGGCCCUUGUGCUUGUUAGUUUCCGUUACAAUGUCGACUUUAUCUCUGGCUAUGGUGUUGAUGACCGCCAUGGGCGACGGUUCAUGGAGUGGAGGAAUGUGGUGAAACUUCUGGGAUCGGCGUUCUUGAACUGGUCACGUGGCUCAAGGUUCACACUUCCACUCUGGUCACUUUGGGCUCUGCAGAUACUAAGGAGCUGGUACAGAUACCAUUCCUAUCUUCUCGCACUCAAUUCUGUCUGGCAUGGUAAGAGUUCAGAGGUCGUUGCAGAGCAUAUGCGUGCUGGCCCUCACACUAGCAACUGGAAACCAGAGGACUGCAAGCCAGAGAAUAAUAUGGAAGGAUACAAAUACUUGAUCCAUGGAGAAACCUAUCAGAGAAUCAAACUCAAGAAGCCUCAGUAUGUCUUGUAUAUUGAUACUGCUCAGAAUGACCAGCAAGCUGAGCGCGGUUCUUGUCCGUGUCAACUGAGAUCAUCGCUGGUCACCCUAGACAAGAUUUGGGGAUGUUGCAGGGACCUGUUACGCCCAGAUAACAGUAAGGGAAAUGACCCAAAGGAUCUCUCUCUGGCCUUCGCCUUGUCCAGACUACUGCGGUGCAGGCUCGAGGAUGUGACACUGCAACAAAAAUUCUUUAAUAUCAACCGAAAGCUAGUUAAGACUAAGAUCCUUGAGGAGCAGAACAAUGGCCGCGCUUUCAGGGUCAUGGAGCUGCAACUCUCUUUUGUAAACGACUACUUCAACACCCGCUACCCUAUGGUCUUCUGGUAUGGGUUCAUUUCUCUCCUCUCAAAUCUGCUUCUCUCUGUGGUGACCUUUGCUGUUGUCUGUUGGCUUGCUGUGGACAUACGUAAGGUUUAUAAACCACCAAAGGAUGAUCGGGUUCAUGUGGUGCAUAGGUUCAACAUUGACAUGAUCAUCACAUGGAUAUUCAUGUUUUUUAUGUUGUUCAAAGAGAUCUGGGAGAUGGUCAGUUAUUUAAUCUCAGACUGGACUAGGUUACUACUUGUUUGCAGCUAUGCACAACAGGGGGAAGAGUCCACUAGAAGCAAAUGUAUGGAGGGCACAAUAUCAUCCUUUUUUAGAUCUAGGAUAACCACUAAGCAGUGGCAUGGACUUAUUGACCAGUAUGUCUUCUUGGACUCAUAUGAUGACAGACCAAGAUUUUGGAAUCUGCUUCAUAAGCUAACCACAGGAAUGGUGUCAGAGAAGAAAGAUGGAGCAACACUGCAUGACGCCAUCGAUGUGCCAGAAUGUGUCAGACCGGCAGUACUAAAGACGCUCUGUGCAAGCCUAAAUAACCUCAGCUCUCCUGACACUGUACAUGAUCAGCCAGACAAUCCUAACAGAAAUCCCGAAGAGCAAGGUCACCUUCUGCCCAAGGCUAUCACAUCACUGUCUGAUGCUGACAGUGAGCGAACAAAGCGGUACGGUUGGGCCUUCUUUAAACUUCCCACAUGCUCACAUGUAAUUCUGGUGUGGCACAUUGCAACCAGCCUCUGUGAGAUGAAGCUUGCUCAAGACCAUAAUGUCGACUUAAGCAAACAUGGGUUGCUGAACUCCGUCUUGUCAUACUUCGCAAGUUGCUGCACAUUGAAACCAUAUCUUUUGGAUGUGGAUGAGAAGACGAAAGAAAAGAAGAAAGUGAAUGAGAAGUUGCCUCACAAGCUCCAGGAAAUGUAUAUCACUGCGAAUAGCUUGUCUCGAUAUUGUGCAUAUCUGCUAGUUUCAAAGCCUGACCUGAUCCCUGACAGCUUUUAUGUACCCAAGAUGGUCUUACAAGAAACCGUGGCACACGCUCGUGAUCAUAUUCUUAAAAACUGUGACUCAUUGCAGAGCAGGUAUGACAAACUGAUGGAAGAAGCAGUGAAGGCCAUUCAAGAUGCCGACAACGUCAUGAAGAAUGAAGAUGUUGUGCGACUGGGUGCAAAGCUGGGCAAGGAACUGAUUGAUCAAGAGACUCAAGAAGAAUGCUGGGAGAUCCUGUCUGGGGUAUGGACAGAUUUACUAGUGCACCUUGCCCCUACUUGGAACGCAGAGGCGCACAAGGAGUGCCUCGAGUCAGGAGGGGAAUUCAUAACCUAUAUCUGGGCACUGCUAUGGCAUUGUGGAAUCGAGAAGAGCAAAUUAUGGCCAGUGGAAGAUGUGUGUGGAAAUGAUACCCCUGGAACACCACCUGAGGACAACAGUGUUCGAAAUAAUAGCAUUCAGCAUUCCCAGCAGAGUUGUGUAGCAGGACCGAAGGAAGAAAGAGAGGAAACUGACAUACAGAGACCAGAGAUCCAACAAGUUGAAACGCUAAGUGCAGAUACGGCUGGUCAUCAGAAUGGGCAAAGUGGCAAUGUAGCGGUUAGAGGGAUGCAGAAUGGAGGGAACAGUUGUUACUUCAAUGCAGUCUUGCAGAGUCUCCUUGCACUUGAUAAGCUGCGUGCAAGGAUGUUAGGACCGGAUGCUCUGACAGGGGACCUUGGUCAGGAACUGCAGAAGCUCUUCAUAAUAACAGCCAAUACCAAUGGCACUGGAAGUGUGCUGAUGCCAGAGAAGCUCUUCUCAUAUAUGUGCAAAAGGAAUUCAGAUUUCAGAACUGGCAUGAUGGAAGAUAGCAAUAAUAUGCUUGGUUCCUUGAUAGACGGUUUGAAGAAUGAGGAACGUACGAUGGUCGAGUCACUCUUCCGCAGUGAGGUCGUUAAACAUGUUUACAGCAAAAAGUGUGAGCACACAUCGGUUACCACCGGCUGCGAGUACCUUGAUCUCAGUUUGGCAAUACCACCAAAGAGGCCUGCAUCAAUCGAGGACUGCUUGGACUUCUAUGCCACUGGGGAGAUCGAGGAUUGGCACUGUAUGGACUGUUCAGCUGCCGCUGCUUCUGGAAAUUCAUCUUUCAACCAAGAAGAUACAACAAACUAUGAUGGCCAACCUGAACAGCAGGAGAACAAAACAUACGAAAAGGGGGAAUCCAGCCAUCAAGCUGACAAACAAACAAGAAUACCGAAUCAGAACAGCGGAAAGCUACCGAUGCUUGAUGGCAACCCAAGUCAAAUGGAAGAGAGCCAUAAAAAACAGAGAGAGGAAGAGAAGAUAUACAGAGCUGCAACAGUAGAAUACCGUAUUAGUAAGGCGGCACCUAUACUAACCAUUCAGCUGAAGAGAUUCAGCUAUGUCAUCUCGGAUAGUCCAGACAAGUUGGAAGAACAUGUGAUCUUUCAGGAUACACUUAAUAUGAAAAAGUUCAUGGACCCUGGACAUACGGAGGAUGAUGAGCACAAAUAUCAUCUGGUUGCAGUAAUUGUGCACAAUGGACCAACCCUGGGCGAAGGACACAUUUUUGCUUAUGUGAGAGCAAGCCAAAUCGGAUGUCAGCAGCAGGAGCGCUGUGGCACUCCCACAUGGUUCCGCGCAAGCGACGAGAGCAUCACAGAAGUGUCACUAAAAGAGGUACUUGACUGUCAAGCAUACAUACUUUUUUAUGAGAAAUGGGAUGAGCAGCCAAAGGCUGAGUAAGUUGUAGAAGAACACCAGCCAACCGGGCACUGAUCGGGAGAAAGGCGAACAUGGGACAGAUGGAUGAGAAGGGAAGGCAUUCGUGUAUUGUUUGUUUAUGUACUUCAUUCAGGACAGUGUUAUUUAUUAUGUAGAGUAUUCUCUCAGGGCGGAUGCCUAGUGACUUUGUUA